UAUUCGUCACAACCAACAAACAAAUAGCUAUCAACUACCACAUUGACACUCUUCUCUCUUGGAAUUUAACGCCUAUCUCUUUCUCUCUAUACAAUCAUAAUUCAACAUUUUUCAGUAUCUUUCUCUAUCUCCAACACAGACACUCUCUUUGUCUCUCUCUGCCAGUCUUCAGAAUGGGAAAGACUCGUGUAAUGGUGCCUGCUGAGGAGGUGGACUUGUCUGCUGUCAAGUAUAAGCCUGAUGUUAUCCAAGCUCCACAUUUGACUGGAUUGGGAUUUAAGUUGUUUGUAAAGAUACUUGAGGCUCCAGUAAUAGGUCCUCUGAUAAUUUCUCACUUAAGGAAGCAGAACAAGAUGGAUGAGAUGUUGCGAAACACUCGGAUACCAGAAGCUCCUAUGUUUAAACCUGAAUUUCCUCCUCAAGAACCAGAAACUGGUGUUAUUGUUGUGGAUGAUGAUGGAAGACCAGAAGAUAGGAUAGAAACAGCCUUGAAGUGUCUUCCUCAUUAUGAUCCUGCUAGUUACUGGAAUGGGGACUCAGCUCCAUCAUUCAGGUACUGGAAGAUACGUGAUUACGCUCAUGCUUAUCGACAUAAGCUUGUAACUCCAUCCAUGGUUGCAGAGAACAUCAUCUCAGUUAUAGAAGAAUUUAAAAAGAAGAAGCCUCCUACACCUUUGUUGAUUUCUUUUGAUGCGGAGGAAGUCAGGAAGCAAGCUGCUGCUUCUACGCAGAGGUUUGAGGAAGGAAAUCCAAUAUCUAUUUUGGAUGGCAUUUUCAUGGCAAUAAAGGAUGACAUAGAUUGCUAUCCUCAUCCAUCUAAAGGUGCAACAACAUGGAUGCAUGAAGUUCGUUCUGUCAAAAGGGAUGCAGUUUGUGUUUCUAGAUUGCGUAGCUGUGGUGUCAUAUUUGUUGGAAAGGCAAAUAUGCAUGAGCUAGGCAUGGGGACGACUGGUAACAAUCCAAAUUAUGGAACAACAAGAAACCCUCAUGACAUGGAAAGGUACACAGGUGGAUCUUCAUCAGGCCCAGCAGCAAUUGUAGCUUCUGGACUAUGUUCUGCUGCCUUGGGAACAGAUGGUGGAGGUUCAGUCAGGAUACCUUCUUCCCUUUGUGGUGUAGUUGGCUUGAAAACAACUUAUGGACGGACAGAUAUGGGAGGUUCAAUUUGCGAUUCUGGGACUGUUGAAAUUAUUGGACCAAUUGCAUCUUCAGUGGAGGAUGUGAUGCUAGUGUAUGCUGCAAUGUUGGGCUCUUCUCCAGCAGAUAGAAUCAGCCUGCACUCGUCUCUUCCUUGUUUGCCUAAUUUGUCAUCAUAUGAAAGUACAGAUGUUUUGGGAUCAUUGCGACUAGGAAAGUAUUCUCCGUGGUUCAAUGACGUACACUCAACUGAUGUCUCUGAUAAAUGUGAGGAUAUCCUUAACCUUCUGUGUAAAACACAUGGGUGUGAAAUGGUAGAAAUUGUUGUACCUGAGCUUGAAGAGAUGCGCGCUGCUCAUCUUGUUUCAAUUGGAUCUGAAACGCUAUGCUCAUUAAACCAUGACAUUGAGGAUGGGAAAGGUGAGAGGUUGACAUAUGAUACACGUACUAGUGUUGUACUGUUUCGAUCAUUCAGUGCAGCAGAUUAUGUCGCUGCACAGUGUCUUAGGCGAAGAGUAAUGUACCAUCACAUGGAGAUUUUUAAAAAAGUUGAUGUCAUAGUCACGCCAACAACUGGCAUGACAGCACCCAAAAUACCUCCUAGCUCUCUUAAGUAUGGGGAGACUGAUAUGCAGGUUACAGGUUAUCUCAUGCGAUUUGUUGUUGCAGCGAAUCUUCUUGGUCUUCCUGCCAUUUCUGUUCCUGUUGGUUAUGAUAAACAAGGGCUUCCUAUAGGUUUGCAAAUAAUCGGUCGUCCAUGGGCGGAAGCAACAAUUUUGCGUUUAGCUUCUGCAGUAGAGGAAUUAUGUUCAAAGCCUAAGAAGCAGCCUGCAUCAUUUUAUGAUGUUUUGAAGAAAAAAUGAAGCAUUCUAUGUGGCUUACCUGAAACCCCUUCGGGAAAUCUGGCUUAACUUUUAAUGUUUGAAACAUAAAAAUUUGUAAUCAAGCUUCAUAAAUGGGUACUAAUCAUUUCUCAUCAUUUUCUACUCAAUUUGACAAUAACUUGCUAACAAUUUGUCCUGUAAUGUUUGAUAUUCUGAGCAGCAGAGACGUUAAAAGAUUGGUGGUAACACAGAGGCACCUUGGAGUAACAUCUUGGUAAAAUUUUAGAACAUGAUACUAUC